AAAGAGAAAAAACAGGUGGCAGUAUUCUUUUUUUCUUCUUCUUUGGAGGGGCAAAAAGUAGUUCAUACUGAUACAAAAGUUCAGUGUUUCUUCAAAUAACUCUUUGCGAGGAUGCUUAAAAAAAGCUAAUAAAGGACGCGUGCAUGAACGCAACGACAUCGAUUGUUUCAUUUCAAGAUGUCUGCCCCCAGUGAUUGUUCAGUUCCGUGCUGUUCAUGUGUGUUGACAAGAACCGGGGUGCUUGCCAGUGUGCCUUUCGGUAUUGAGUGUGCACGUAAUAUUUGCAGUCACGAUGGCCGGUAAAUGUCCGGACUGCGGAGAGGAGGCAGUUAUUAGUGGUAACGAUGUUCCAAGCGGAUGUAAUGUCUGCACCGCAUGUGGAGCUGUCACGGAAUACUUGGACCUCCGAAUAAGCAACGGCGGGCCUUGCGAGGGCACCCACUUCGUCGACGCGUCCAAAGAAAAGAACUCCACCCUGCUUCUGUCUCGUAACUCGAGGCAUGGUACCAGGGGUGUGCACCGUGUGGACGCUCAGCACAAACUCCAUGGUCCCCGAAGAGAAGGGCUGCACUGGCUUCAGCAAAUGGCACUUCACUUCAAGAUGGACACGCACACGAAGGAACGGGCCGAGGCGACUUACCUGGAGCUGGUCGGGAAGACCGGCCACAAAAAACUGGCUUACAAGACCGCGCUGGCAGCGGCAUGCUGUUACGUCGUGAUGAGGCUGGAACACUGGUCUGUAUCCCUCAAGGAACUGAGCAAGUUUGUGCAGCGCACAGUUGGAGAGAUUAAUACGGCGGUCCGUUUCGUGCAGAAGGAGACGGGUGCAGAGUUCUCACGAGCAUCUUCGGCGGACAUCUUGCGUACGGUACUCAGACGCUACGACGUUGACGACGCGGAGAAAGUGCUGUCACGAGGCAAGGAAGUGCUCAAGGUCGCGGAAAUGUGCUGGCAGGGUGAAGGUCGCUCUCCUCAAAACAUGGCGUCAGCGGCCAUCUACAUAGCCUGGAAGUCGUUGGAUCCCAGCCGUGCCUCAACAAACUACAAGGCGUUCUGUCACAAGGUUGGCAUCCAGGAGUCAAAGCCCGUACACGAUUUGGCAACAGCGUUUGUUAAAGUGCUGGUUAAACUGGCACAGAAAAUUCCGUGGGUCACAAGCGAAAAGGUGAAAGCGUCAAACGUGACGAUUUAUCUGCCCGAUAUCGUGAAACAUGCCGUAUCGCUCGUUCUGGACUGCAGCGCUCCGCAAGUUCCGUGCAAGGAAGACACCACAAAUCUCCGUGACGCAGCCGUCUACGCUACAUUCCGAGCAUCGAGCUCGCCAAAGAGAGCGAGGAGAGAUUCGGCAACGGAGGAAUGCGGCUCGGACUUCUCAGACUCCGAGAUUGAACGAUAUAUUCGAACUCCAGAGGAAGUGGAAGCUGUGAAGAGACACAUGGCCUCGUAUGGACUGUUACAUUGAAUGACACGAUUAUAGAUCUCUCGUGUUGGACGAGACUGUUUGUUGUUGGAGCUUAUAAACUAGUGUUUUACGCAUGUG